UCCAGUUAUUUCAGUCCCCGUAUUAUAAGCAAGUUCAUAACCCAAGUUAGUCUUCCGUAUUAAGUUAGAUUUUAGAGUAGCUCCUGUUAGGUUGAACGGAUUGUUAAUCCUAAAAUUAAUCUAGUUAUCUAGUAUUCAAUUACAAGUUUACUAAUUGGUAAUAAUAGUGAAUUAGUACUGCCAUCUUGUUUAUUCAUUCAGCUUAAGUGUACAUUAAAGUAUUUAAUCGUGUAUAAUUUACAUUAAUAAAAUGAAUAUUGAAAAAGAGCCGAUUGUGUGUCUAAAAGAUAUAGCCAAUGAAAGAGCUUGAUCUGACAGCGAAUCAAAUCGCUCAGAGCAACUUUGCCUCUGGUUCAAACGUAACAUCAAAUUAUUUAUGAUCUCUGCGCGAAAUCAACCAGCAGAAAAAAAUCUUCGAUAAUUGAAAAACAAAAUAUUUCAACCGGAAAAUAUUUUUUGUUUAGAAAAUUUGAAUUCUUGCCAAUAUUUUUCCAGAUCCAACUCUAACUGAAGAAAAAAUUUUGAAAAAUACCAGUUUCUGAAUUCAAAUUAAAUCCGCACUCUUCAACCCCAAUUCAGUAGUUUUGCCCGAAGCAUCCGAAAAAGUUGGAGAAAAAAGAGGGAAUUAAUCCUACUUGCUUUCUUUCCUGACAUUCCGUCUCCAUUUUAUUACUCGAAGCUAAAAUCGAGAAUUAAACUCUGAAUUUCGAGAUAAAAGCCAUUUUUUCACUACCUUCACAUUUAUAACUUCCAAGCCUAGCAGCAAGGAAAAUCAGAGCAGCAGCGGUUUUUAUCCCGAGUAAAGCUAGUUAGAUAUAACUUUACAACCACAUCUAGUUUUGCUAGUUAUAAAUUCUAGUUCAAAAACCCCUCGGCUCAAUUGGGAAGCUCAUCUUUUUUGAAUUACAACUGCGCGAUAUUUCGGCGCCAAUUCGCCCCAAGUUAGUCUGCGCAGACUAGGCAGUUGCAGCUAUAAAACUAAUACCCAAGAAGACAUCUAGAAUAUCCCCCCACAAACAGCACGUCUCCAAAUACAUCACCACUGCCACACUAUAGCCCGCAACCACGUAUAACAGCGCCACAACAUCCCGCCGCCACCGCCACGCCAUCGCCUCUGGUUUCGCUUGCUUGUUCUGCUUUCUUGUCGGUUAUAAACAGUUAUUAACUAGUCUAACUGCUACUGUGGAUAAAUAGAAUGCCUGGCGGAACUUUCGGAUUACUUGACUCGAUGCAAGAGGACAGAGUUGACUUUGCCCACAGAAAUGCCCUCUCUCAACUCACUAAUGGAAAUUCAGCCCCCUUUGCUGGUCGACUGGGGGGCAACACCGGGGGAGCAUCGGCUGCCGAUUUCCAACCACCCUACUUCCCGCCCCCUUACAACCUGGCAGCACAACAGACGGCCGCUGACUUCUCCCACCACAUGGCCAAUUCGGCCGGAGUUGACCCCUACGCGGCCCACCUGAACCACCUUCAUCAGCAGAACCAGUGGGGUCAAAGGUCAAUGGGCAAUGACCCCUUCCACAUGCACCAGAGCAUGGCAGCCCAGUUUGGCCCGAGUGCGGCUGCCAUGCGUCGUCCGGACCUGUUCGGAAUGCACGCGAACGUGGCAGUGUCCGGGGCAGUGUCGGGAGGGGGUGCUCAUCACAUCAGUCCAGAUGCAGCCAGCGAUCUCUUCCUCCACUCCGCAGUACAAGCCGGAUUCCACUCAGUCGACGACGCACAGAAUGGCCUUCUUGCUGACGAAAUGAACAACUUCCUCUCAAAUGACCCAGGAAACGUCAUUCGAAAAGCCAUGAAGGCCAAACACGACCCCUUCUUCAAAGACGCACCCCACAUGUCCUUCGGGGGUGGGGUGGGAGUUGUUGGCGGGGGAGGGGGUGUGUUGGGUGGUCACGUGGGUGGCGGCGGUGGGGUGGGGGGCAUGUCUGUGCCUACUGAUGUGUUCUGUUCUGUGCCUGGCAGACUGAGUCUCCUCUCUUCAACCAGCAAGUACAAAGUCACAGUGGCUGAAGUGCAGAGGAGACUAAGUCCCCCCGAGUGUCUCAAUGCAUCCCUUUUGGGGGGAGUGCUCAGAAGAGCCAAAUCCAAAAAUGGCGGCAGACUUCUGCGUGAGAAGCUAGAGAAGAUAGGACUGAACUUGCCAGCGGGGAGAAGGAAGGCCGCCAACGUGACCCUGCUCACUUCCUUGGUGGAGGGGGAGGCCAUCCAUCUGGCACGUGACUUCGCUUACAUCUGCGACACUGAGUUCCCGGCCAAGCCCCUGGGCGACUGGGUGGCGAGACAGCACUCCUCCGAGCAGACGACGCAGGAGCAUCUGAGCAGGAAGAACAUGAUACUAGCCACAAAACAAGUUCUCAAAGAGUUCCAGGACAUCCUCAGUCAAGACAGGUCCCCCCUUGGAAACACCAGACCCAACCCCAUCCUAGACCCCGCCCUGCAGAGACCCCUGACCAACUUCAGUCUCAUCACCCACGGGUUUGGCACCCCCACAGUUCUGGGCGCGGUGGGGGCAAUCAACAACUACCUGAACGAACAACUCAAAUCUCUGGAAAAACACUACGGAAAAACAUCGGAAUCACCCAACAUAAACUGCGAAAUUUCCCCCAGUCAGAAAGACGACCCCAAAUAAACAAAAACAACCAUCAAACCAGUUCUUAGAACUGCUUGAGAAGUGGUGGCCGAUAAACAAAUUGUUUGCUUUCGACCCAGUCACAGCGAGGAAAUCACAGACAGUUUCUUGUUUUGGUGCUAAAACAAUUUUUCGACUUUCAGGCAGUUCGACGCUUCGUGCAAUAACAAUUUAUGACAAAACUCUCUAAAAAUAGCAAUGAUUUUACGAAUACUUUGUUUCUCCAUUUUAUUGAGUUUUAUCCUUUUGACCUUUACAAUGUGACUCUUUUGAGUAGAUUAUUGAUAGUUCAUUGACUAGUCAUUUAGAUGUGUAUAUAUUUAUAUAUUCUUGCACAAAUCGUUAUCCUUAACU